UGCUUUGCUUUUGAAUGCGCGGGGGCGGGGGCGUGUUUCCCGCCGCCGCCGGGGUCAAGGGGCCGGGGUCGCGCGCGCGCGCGCGGCGGGGCUGAGCUGAGGUAAGCGCGGGGCGAGGAGGCGCCAGCGCCAGACGAGAGACGGACCGGACCGAACCGAACGCCGCCGCAUCGCCGGGACCAGCCGCCGCCGCCGCAUCGACCCCGCUUCGAUGGCGGCUGCCAAGGAAGCUCAUGAGGAGCACGACACCUCCACUGAGAACGUGGACGACUCCAACCAUGAUCCGCAGUUUGAGCCCAUAGUGUCUCUUCCUGAGCAAGAGAUCAAGACCCUUGAAGAGGAUGAAGAAGAGCUCUUUAAGAUGCGAGCCAAGCUGUUCCGAUUUGCUUCUGAGAACGAUCUUCCGGAAUGGAAAGAACGAGGGACGGGAGAUGUGAAGCUGCUGAAACACAAGGAGAAAGGCACGAUUCGCCUCCUCAUGAGACGGGACAAAACCCUGAAGAUCUGUGCGAAUCACUAUAUAACACCAUUGAUGGAGCUGAAGCCCAACGCAGGCAGUGACAGGGCCUGGGUCUGGAACACACAUGCUGACUUCGCCGAUGAGAGUCCCAAACCUGAACUGCUGGCGAUCCGAUUCCUAAAUGCAGAAAAUGCCCAGAAGUUUAAGGCAAAAUUCGAGGAAUGCAGGAAUGAGAUAGAAGAGCGAGAGAAGAAAGGAGCAGGCAAAGAAAGCAGCGAAAAAGUGGUGGAGAAGUUCUCGGAGCUGUCGGUGAAGGAGAAGGAGGUGAAGGAGGAAAAGGAAGGCGGCCAAGAGCCGGAGAGCACUGAGGGAGCUGCUCCUGAGAAGGAGCCCAAGGAGCCGGACGUGCUGCUGCAAUAAAUCAUCUCGCGGCCUCGCCUUCUUUUAUUUUCUUUCUUUUGGUUUCAUUUUGUUUUGUUUCGUUUUUUUUUUUUUACAAGGGACUUUAUAUAAGAACUGAAUUCCAGCCUCCAGGUUGUUUUCUAAGCUUUUAUCCUUUCGAAGAUGUCUUCAGCAAACCCAUUCCCAGUCACAUGUACUGCGCUCAUAACAUUCUUUUCCAUAGUGGAAACUCUUAUUAUUUAUAGUCCAUCCAAAAGAGUGAAUAAAACAUUUGAAAGCUUCAUCCGAGGACAGGACUGCGUUCAUAUGUUUACUUAAACACACUGAUGGCUGUGACUCCUGGCAUUGGUUGUUGUCGGGUGCCUUUGUCUUGUGUUGGUGACAAGGUAGAUGCUUCUUCAUUUGUGGUGUACCAGCUAACCCAGCACAGCUGCAGCAUUAUUUCCUGGGGACACAGUUGGCAUAGCUUGAGUUGUUGAUUUGAGUCUUUCGCUGGGCACUCAUCCCUCGGAAUCCCCGGAGCAGGGCACUGGGAUCUCCAGAUACCUUCGUGUCGUGGCCUUGGCCAGCCUAGGUGUCGAGGGGAAGUCGGGAGAGGCAGCUCUGGCGGUCGUUUUGGGGGUCACGGCUUUGGGAGCUCUCCUGGUGGGCAUGUAGGCUGGGCUGAGGGCUCACUCCUGGUCCUUGUUCUCUGUAAGCCAUGCUCGUGUGCUUCACUCUUCCCCCACAGGUGUCCUCACCAAACCUGGGGUGUUCUUGUCCUCGGCGGCUCAAGGAUUGGCACAGGGCUGUCACUGGCAGAUAAGGUGAGGCCUGAGCACCAGCAGCCCAGCUGAGCUGGGAGCAGGAGCAGGAGGAAAGGCCUUGGUGGGUGACACCAACCUCGUGGCGAGCAAGGCUUGUCUGCUGAGGGCUCCCAUGGUCUGGUGCUGCCUGAGGUGGUCAGUGUCAGGCUCUGUCAGUGAGAUGUGUGUCCUGAGUGCUGCCUAGGGGGUGGGCGGCCUCAGGCAGUCAGCUGGCCCCCCUGCAGCCCCUCCCAGAAGGAGAUGCCCCCAGAAGUGAAGAAUACCUCAGCUGCCUGUGUGCCCUCAGGGAAGUCAUCAAUCAAGUGGGUGUGGCUGUGGUGUGUGUCCCUGUACUCUCCCUCCUCUGGCUCUCUCUGGCUGCUCACCUGGUGCGCUUGUGUGCUCUUAAGUUUUAGCCAAGAACUUUCAGCUUGCUUCAAGUGAAAGGCCCUCCCAUGGGGAGGGUGGUUUUACAAUUUCAGUGCUGAAGGUUUUGUUUUGUUGUGUUUUUAACAUUUUAUUCUGCCAUAAGCUUGAGAAAUGUGGACCAGCCGUGUAACUGGUGAGAACAGAAAGCUCCCGGCCUGGGGUUUGAUUCCACUAUUCACUGUGAGCUUUGGAAAGCAACAUAAACGGUUGAAAAGUGUAUUAGCCGAUAGCAUUUCUUUGUAGUGAUAGGUAAAAGGACUCACUUCAGUCGGAUUUUUAACCUUGGCAGGGUCCCUUCCAUUGUUUUCCUGACCGUCCACCAAAGGUGCUUUAUUUAAAACAAAACAAAGAAAGCAUGUCCGUCGCACUUGCUGAAGGUCCUUACUUAGCCUCCUCCAUCAAUUCAACUGUGUUUAUGAUGUCCCAGCUGUAGAUGUUAACGUUAUAACUUGGUGUUUUCCCUGUUUGGGUCCGUGUUUGUCCAUUUAAAAAUACCAGCCCCUGAUCCCUUCUCAGUGGAGUGCCCUUCCAAAGGAAGAGUGUGAUUGUUUUCAAGAAAAAAAGACAAAGUGACUAAGGCAAAGCUUCCUUCUCCAACUGCUACACUUGUGUUACUGCUGUUGCCAUUUAGUCUUAAUGCAGCCCUGUGACUCAGUGCUUGGUGAGGGUGUGAUGGAGAGGGAGGUCUCCCACAAGACCCCUUCAGAAAUCAGAUGCUAGCGCAAUAGAGUCGAGAGGUUGCUCGUGAGAUCGAAUGUUCUGUUACGCUCUCUGGUGUCGAUGCAUUGGAAACAUGAAACUGUACUCCAUGAAUGUUCUGUUGGCUUUGAUUUCUUCCUGUGUGUCCCCACGGAGCCGUAGUUCUUGGGGAACGGGAGGGUAUGUUUUUAAAUGCUUUCAUUGAAGUUAAUGUGUGUAAAGGGGGAUGUAUGUCCCCAAAAUGCUUUCCCCUUGAAACGGGAAGCCAGGGAGGGGUGUGGGGUAUAAGUAUACCAGGCACUCACUCAUCCCCCUUCCAAAAAGAGAUCUUGUCUCACUAUGUAAUUGUUUUGUGUUCCAAUAAAGUGCCACUUAAUGUAUCUCUCCA